CAUUUUAGCUCACACUACCCGAGGCGAUAUGUGUGACCAGGUCUGCUUUACAUGAUAUAAAAUAAGAAACAUUCGACCUACAGACACAUUCACAGUUAGUCUAUCACAUCAAACACAAUGGUAUCCAAGUUCGUCAUCAUCUUCGCUCUGGCCGCAGCCGCCUCAGCCCUCCCCGUGGUGCCGGUCGCCAAAUACGCGUACGCUGAAGCAGAAGCACCAGCACAUUACGAGUUCCAGUACUCCGUCCAUGACAAUGAGAGCGGAGACGUGAAACAGCAGCAGGAGUCCCGCGAGGGAGACGUCGUCCACGGAUCAUACUCGCUGGUGCAACCUGACGGAGUCCACCGCAUUGUAGAGUACAGCUCUGACGCACACAACGGUUUCAACGCCAACGUACGUUACGAAGGACAACCCAUCCAGGCUCCAGUCCCCGCUAAGAUCGCCUAUGCUGCUCCCGUCGCCAAGCUCGUCCACGCCGCCCCUGUCGCCAGAGUAGCGUACUCCGCCCCUAUCUCCUACGCCGCCCCCGUCGCUAAAGUAGCGUACGCUGCUCCAGUAGCUAAGGUAGCUUACUCAGCUCCCAUCUCCUACGCUGCUCCUCUCGCCCACGUCUCAUACUCUUCUCCCGCCAUCUCCUACCACCAUUAGUAUAAAAAAUCCUGAUACCUGUUAUUAUUUAUUGAUGUUAUAUGAUACGAUUAUGACAAAAUAAAAAAUUAUUACAUAUUUAA